UUAUGCGCACCGACGGAUUACCGUCUCGGAAACUCUCAAUCAGACGCAAGCGAAAGGAGAGGAGGCGGCUAAUUAAAUAUUGAGCAGAAAGUCACGUGGGUCUCAAGGCUGAGCGAACCUGGGAUAAAUACCGCGGCAGCCAGCAGGCAAAAGAGCGCUUUGCUGACCUCCACCGCUGCGGCGACCGAGAGUGCGGAGCGCCCCGCGAGCGCUCAGACCUGCCGGAGGAACCCCAGGGGCGGGUUAGCCGCUAAAUCCAACAUGAAAAUCCUCGUGGCCUUGGCAGUCUUUUUUCUUGUCUCCACUCAAAUGUUUGCAGAAGAAAUCGGAGCCAAUGAUGAUCUGAAUUAUUGGUCGGACUGGUCCGAUAGCGACCAGAUCAAGGAGGAGCUGCCCGAGCCCUUUGAGCAUCUUCUGCAGAGAAUCGCCCGGAGACCCAAGCCUCAGCAGUUCUUCGGAUUAAUGGGCAAACGGGAUGCCGGACUUGGCCAGAUCUCUCAUAAAAGGCAUAAAACAGAUUCCUUUGUUGGACUAAUGGGCAAAAGAGCUUUAAAUUCUGUGGCUUACGAACGGAGUGCAAUGCAGAAUUACGAAAGAAGACGUAAAUGAACUACCCAACGUGUUAUUUAUUGAGCUUCAUUUGUGUCAGUGGCCAAUGAAAGGUAAAAUGAGACAUGCACUAUGAAGAAUAAUUAUUUAUUUAAUAUGAAUUGUUAUGAGUUGAAAACUCAAAAAGUAUUUAUUUUUCAUAUCGUGCCAAUAUGUGUUGUGAAAAUGUGUUAUAAUUCUGAUAAGACAACUCCCUGAGAAGUAGAAAUCAGUGGUAAUUUCUCAACAAAGCACAGUGUUCAAUGAAGUUGUAAAAAGCUAUCAAUGACAGAGUCUCCAAAGACAGAGAUCAGUUUUGGUUCUUGGAAGCAGUCACGUCAGCUACUGCUAGGGAAAGGAAACUCAUAGACAGUCUGUGCUUCUCCAUUUGUUUUCAUGGUGAAAAUGCACUGAGAUUUGGUAUCAAACUGUGUUUGUAUCCCUGCAGCAUGUUUCAUGUUUUGUGACUAUACAGAGAUGUUUUCAAAGUUCUAAUGUGAUUCUAAGGUCUUUAUUUUAUUGUACAAUGUGUUGUGAUAAUUAACAUUUUAAAUAAAAGAAAAAAUGUCUUGAGAAUUGGGUCCUAUUCUUUAAUAUUUAUGUCAAAUCAGUAACCUUUCUUUUAGUAGAUGAAAUAUGUUCAAAGCUGUUCUGGCUGCUAACUAAUAAAACAUAAAGCUACUAAAUUUCUCUUUCUUAAGGAAAAUGACUAAAAUGUAAUCUCAGUCUCUCUCACAUACUUUUUUUUUUCUCAGUUAUUUGGCACCAGAUCAUUCAUGGAGAAAACAAUCACAUUUUGGUACCCAAACAGUUAAGGUUCAGUUUUGUUUCUACCUGCUUAUGAUUCCCUUUUACAAA